AUGUCCUACUCUCGGCCAUGCUUGGCCAAGCAGUCUUCCAAGAACAUCCAGACCUUCGGAAAGCAAAGCCGCUGGCAGCAAGCCCUGGCUGUGCUUCGUGGCCUCUCGAAGAAAGGCUCCUUGCCCAACGUUUUUACCUACUCCGCUGCGAUCGGUGCUGCAGGGCGAGGCAAGCAGUGGAGGAGUGCUCUUGGUCUUCUCCUCUCUAUGUGCCAGGAAGCUGUUCUGCCGGAUAUGUUCAUCUGGAGUGGCCUCCUCGCCACUUGUGAGCCCUUGGGCUGGGAGGGAAGCCUCCAACUCUUCACCUCAGCGGCCUCGGUCAGCACGGUGGUCUGUAACACGGCCAUGAAGGGCUUCUCCAGGCAUUGGCCGCUUACUUUGGCCCUGGCAGCGACCAUGAGCAGCUCAACUCUUGAGCCGGACAUCACCACUCUGAACACCGCCCUCACGGCUCAAGUCAAAGGAGGCCGAUGGCGGCAAGCAGUUGAGAUGCUGUUACAGUCGCACACUUCCGGCGAGAUUCCGCCUGACAUUGUCUCUGUGAAUGUGCUUCUUGCGAUUUGCCCCAGCGAUCUAGACUGGCGCUGGGCUUUGCAUCUGCUGACUUGGGCGAAAAUGCGGCUCCUGCAGCCGGACGUUAUCAGUUAUUCCUCCAGCAUUAGUGCGGCAGCGAACGAUGCCCGCUGGACACUGGCUCUGGCCCUUUUGCGGGAGGCCAUUAUGAAGCAUGUGCUGCCCGACCUCGUCAUGCUCAAUGCGGCCAUCUCCGCUUGUGAGAAGGGCUUCCAGUGGGAGCGGGCGCUCGGGCUUCUAGCGGAAGUAGAUCGUGCGCACCUUCCGCCUGACGUCAUCAGCUUUGGAGCCGCGGCGACUGCCUGCGAGAAGGGCGGGCAUUGGGAGGGCGCCUGGUCACUGCUGGCGACCAUGCGGUCACGAAGCAUCGCACCGGAUACAGUUGUCUGCAAUGCCAUCAUCGGCGCUUUAGAGAAGGGGAGCUGCUGGAAGAUGGCGCUGCAACUGCUGAACUCAAUGCAGCACGGAGGGCCAACUCCUGACAUGGUCUCAUAUGUUGCCACCAUGGCUGCCUGCGACAAGGCCGAACACUGGGAGCACGCCUUGCUCUUGCUGGAUGAGGUCCGCCAAUCCUCGCAUGUCUCCACUAUCCAGGUUGCCUUCAACAUCUGCAUCAGCGCAUGUGAGAGGAGCCGGCAGGGCAAAGCAGCCCUGGCGUUGUUUGACGAGAUGUGCGACACCGCCCUGCAUCCGGAUCGCCAUAGUUUCAACUCGGCUCUUCGCGCUUGUCAGGUGGCCGGAGCCUGGCGGAGGGCCUUGCGUCUCCUCCUGGGAGCCGAGGAUGGCUUGGGCCAGGACCUGACGGGAAUUGCAGCCGUGACUGGGGGCAAGAUGGACAAGCUCCGCAAGAAGUACCCUGAACAUGUGCCGGUUAUUUGUGUGCACAGCAGGGAUGCCACGAAGCAGCAAAAGCUCAUUGUGCCCUUUCAGACCACAAGUGCUGCGUUCCAGACGAUAGCUCGUGAAAAGUGCCCGUGGGCCAUGCAAGGCGGCGAAGUCUUGCUAUGCAACAAGGGAAAGGUUACCGAUACCAUGGAGGUGCCUGCACAGAAGACCCUGCAGCAGCUGGAUUCUGAGUAUAGGGCACCGGACGGAGGGAUGUAUUUCACGGUGGAAGCCGCGAAGGGUGAUGUUCAGGAAGCACCAACAGGGCCCCAAGAAUUCAAGAUGGACGAGAGUGUCCCGCAGCAGGAGAGUGGCACGCAGGAGAAGAAGAAGAAAGCAAAGGCCAAGGCCAAGGCGGCGAUGUCUGAGGAUCGCAAGGAGGACGACAUCCUUGAAAGGACCCGGCGAAUUCGCAAGAAGCACCCCGACCGUGUUCCAGUUCUCAUCAAUCAAGCAGCGGUGCCAGGAUUGCCUGCGCUUGACAAGAAGCUUCUGAUUCCUGAUUCCAUGACCUGCAGAGACUUGCGAAAGAUUCUUCCGAAACACAUAGGCCUCGCAGAUUUGGACCUGGAUUGGAGCAAGGUGAUCUUCCAGAUGGCGGGGCAGGCCAUUGGGGAGGACAUUGAGGAACACGAGCUUGUGUCAGCCGUCUACACUCGGUGCGUCGCCCCGGACGACGAAGGAAUCAUGCUCUCUUUGGAGCUACGGGGCCAGCUGGAUGUCGGUGCUGGCGAAAUGCAGGAGCUCCAGCCGCCCCAAGAUGCACUCAGCUUCUCACCACCUUCAGCGGAGGAGCUGCGAGUUCUGGAGCUCCAGCUGCAGGAAGUCAACGUUGCUUUCGAAGAGGCCAAGAAGUCGCAGCAGCUAGCCACAGCCAAACUGGCUGAACAGGAGGAGCGCGCAAGGGCAGCAGAAGAGAGGGCGCUGAAAGCCGACCAGGAGCUUGCGAUGCGAUGCCAAGUGCAACGACAGGAAGCCGAGGUUUUCCAGAGUCAG